AUGUUUUUCCUUCUAUUUUCACUUCCUUGUCUAGGUGGUAUGACUUCUGGUCUACUAGGACGAAAAAUUGGUGUUACUGGUGCUCAUAUUAUUACUACUUCAGCAGUAAUGAUUUCUGCUAUUCUAUCUAUUAUUGCAUUUUAUGAAGUAGUACUAUGUCACUCACCAGUUACUAUCCAUCUAGGAGAUUGGGUACAUUCUGAAAUUCUUACAGUAUCAUGGUCUUUCACAUUUGAUACUCUAUCAAUGUCUAUCAUUACUACUGUUCUUAUUAUUUCUUCUCUAGUACACCUUUACUCUAUUGAUUAUAUGAGCAGUGAUCCUCAUAACCAACGAUUCUUCUGUUAUCUUAGUCUAUUUACUUUCUUCAUGGUUCUUCUUGUUGCAGGUGAUAAUUACUUUGUACUUUUUGUUGGAUGGGAAUUUAUUGCUGUAUGUUCAUAUCUACUUAUUAAUUUCUGGUUUACUGUAAUUGAAGCUAACAAAUCUGCAAUGCAAUCAUUUAUUGUAAAUCGUGUAGGUGAUAUGGCACUAUCUAUUUCAUUCCUUGGAAUUGUAUGUCUAUUUGGUAAUGUAGAUUUCUCUACAGUAUUUUCACUAGCUCCAAUGAUGAACGAAAGUGCUCUUACUAUUAUUGGUCUUCUACUACUAUUUGGUGGUAUGGGAAAAAGUGCACAAAUUGGACUUAAUACAUGGCUUCCUACUGCUAUGGCUGGUCCUACUCCUGUUUCAUCACUUAUUCACUCAGCUACUCUAGUUUCGGCGGGUGUUUAUGUACUUCUUCGAUCUAGUCCUCUUCUUGAAUAUUCAUCUACAGCUCUUAUUGCUAUUACUUGGAUUGGAUCUAUUACAGCAUUCUUUGCUGCUUCUACUGGUCUUCUACAAAAUGAUCUUAAACGAGUUAUUGCUUACUCAACUUGUUCACAAAUGGGUUAUCUUUUCCUAGCAUGUGGACUUUCACAGUACAAUACUGCACUAUUCCAUCUUGUUAACCACGCUUUCUUUAAAGCUCUUCUAUUCCUUUCUGCAGGUGCUGUUCUUCAUGCUACAUUCGAUCAACAAGAUCAACGACGACUUGGUGGAUUCCUUCCUCUUCUACCAUUCUCUUACACUUCUAUUCUUGUUGGUUCUCUUAGUCUUAUGGCUGUUCCAUUUAUGACAGGAUUCUAUUCUAAAGAUCUUAUCCUUGAACUUGCAUGUUCACAAUAUGUAUUCCAUGGAUCUAUUGCAUACUGGCUUGGUUCUAUUUCUGCAGGUCUUACUGCAUUCUAUAGUUUCCGACUUGUUGCUAUGACAUUCCUUACAUAUCCAAAUUCUCCAAAGAAAAUUUAUGAAUCUGCACAUGAUGCUGCUAUCUUUGCUAUGAUUCCUAUGUCAGUUCUAGCUAUCCUAGCUAUCUUCUUUGGAUAUGUUGCACGAGAUCUAUUUGUGGGUAUGGGUACUGAUUUUGCUAAUAAUUCACUAUUCACACAUCCUUCUCACAUUUCUCUUAUUGAGGCUGAAGUUCUUCCAACUACAUACAAACUUCUACCUACUUUCAUUACAUUUGCAAGUGCAUCUCUUGCAUUCUAUCUAUAUCAUUAUGCCACUCCAUUCCUUGUAGCUACAACUAAAACUUCUCUUGGAUACAAUCUUUAUAAUUUCUUCAAUGGUAAAUAUUACAUUGAAGUUCUAUAUAAUACUUAUGUAAUUCCAGCAUCACUUGGUAUUGGAUAUAUUGUAUCUAAACAACUAGAUCGAGGUAUUGUUGAAAUGCUAUUUGGAUAUGGUCUAGCAUCAGGUCUACGAAGUUCUAGUGAGAAAGUUGCUACUCUAGAUAAUGGUACACUUCCAUCAUAUGCUAUUUACUUUGCAUUUGCUCUAGUUACUCUUACUCUACUACUUCUUUGUCCUCUUGCUAGUCUUCUUCCUAUUUCAUCUUCUGAUAUUCUUACUCAAAUUCAUACAUUUAUUGAUAUUCGACUUAUUGUUGUUCUUAUUUUCUCUAUUCUUCUAGUUGGAUAA